AUGUAUCGGAAGUUGUCUAAGUUAGAACACUCGGAAAUAAAACAACUUCUUACAGAAGCUAAUAUAGAUGUUGCAAAACAUUACGCAACAAACAAAAAAGCACUCGCUGACAUCCUCAAUGACUAUAAUGGUGCAAUAAGUUAUGAUAGAAUUCAUGAGUUCAUAAAGCCGCAACGCAGCGAGGACGAAGUCCAUGCAAGAGCAUUUCCUUUAAAUGACGUUGCUAUUGACUUAUAUCAUAGACGUUCAGUACCUCAUGAAGUAAGAAGAGAAAUGUUUGACAUAACAAAUGCAAACGUUGGUGAAACAAGAAGAAGAGACGACAUACUGAAACAACAGAGAAGAGAGAUGUUUAAGAGCGCUAUAGAACAAGUUCGCAAAGCUAACGAUGUCAUUCGUUCCAUUGACGACAAACCAAAAGAAGGUGAGAGAUGGUUAAAGAAAGAUGAAGAGAAUAGGAAGAGAAAUGUGAAGUCAGGCAAUAGACUCAUUGACUUUAACAUCGAAGCUUUAGAUGAACCAAACAGAGACUACUUACACAAACAUUUCGGUAAGGUUUUCAUGAGACUCUUAGAGAAAAUUAAAAUAAACUCACAACAGAGAUGGAUGGUAUGUUAUAAACUUGGUGGAAAGUAUGAAUGUUCUACGUUAAACCUCAAUAAUAUUGGAACAUUACUACAUCAGCUCUUGAAGGAGAACUUUAUAUCAGAGAUAGAAGCAAAUGCUGCAGGUAUUGUUGAAAUGCACUAUGACUUCUUCUUGACAAACAUAAAGAAUCUUACCGAAAUAAAGAUGUAUGAUUUAACAGAAUAUGAAGGCUUAACGAUGUCAGAUGUAAAGAAAGGCAAACCAAAAAAGAGACCAUAUAGAGAUGAAAGCACACUGACAAAUGACCAGAAAGCCAUUUUGGAAGCUCUUAAGCAAACAGGAAACCCAGCACUUAUAGAAAGCUUUUGGAAAGAUAAUGGUGAAAAGAAGUUUUAUAAGAAGAGAAGCGGUCAGUUCUGGAAGUAUCUUUGCACAUUACCUAUAAAUCUUGAACGCUACCAAAUUUUCAAUGAAUUGAACAAAAGAACUGCAGCACUUAUGACAGAAGACAAUUGUUUCGUUUAUGCUUGCAUUCAGGCUGGAGUAAAUGAAGAAACUAUUGACCACAUGAGAGAAGUCAUUCGUGUUAGAACAUAUGACAAAGACUCUGAGUUCAGUUUAAUGAAACUUUACAAAGCACUUUAUGACGGUCAAGAGAUUGCAUUCGACUUAUGUAAGUCUGCUACACCUGCAUUUGAAGAGAAGUUUAACUUUUCUAUUCAGACUAAGACUUCAUUCAUAAGAAAGCUUAAGUUCUGA